CGGUCUGCGCGGCGACAUCUUUAUACAGGCGACGGUCUGCGCGGCGAUAUCUUUAUACAGGCGACGGUCUGCGCGGCGGCCAUCUUUAUAGAGGCGACGGUCUGCGCGGCGGCCAUCUUUAUCGGGGCGCAUGUGCAUCUUUAAUUUUUCAGGGGGUUAGGAGAGGACUGACACCCAGCGAACUCCAGCCAACAGAAAUGUUUGUCUUAUCCGCAGUUUUAGACUUGGACUCACAGGGAUUACUUUUUCAUAGACUGCGGAAUUUGAAGACAGGGAGCUCGAUCCAAGUCUCUCAUCAAGAUCUGAACUUUUGGAAGGGAAAGAUUUGCGGUCUGGAAACCCAAACUGAACAUCACGUCAGGACCUGACCGAGCAGCCCAGUUUAUCGUGACUUAGAUAUCAUUGGAUUUUGAACAUGGAAGGAAAUUGCAGCAUUCGCAGCAGAGAGAAAGUGUACACAUGUUCUGUGUGUGGACAAGGGUUCAACCAAUCAUCUGAACUGUUGCAGCACAAAUCCAGUCACACUGAGGAGAAACCUUGGAAAUGUGGAGACUGUGGGAAGGGAUUCAAUUAUCCAGUUGAGCUGGAAUCUCAUCGGCGCAGUCACACUGGGGAGAGGCCAUUUACCUGCUCUGAGUGUGGGAAAGGGUUCACUUUGUCAUGCAACCUAUUGGCUCACCAGCGAGUUCAUUCUGACCAGAGACCAUUUACAUGCCCAGAAUGUGGGAAGAGCUUUAAAAGUUCUGGAGAACUGAUGCGUCAUCAACGUGUUCACACUGACGAGAGACCGUUCAGGUGCUGUUAUUGUGGGAAUGGGUUCAGGCAAUUAUCUGACCUCACUGUGCACCAGCGCACUCACACUGGGGAAAGCCCAUUCACCUGUACAGAAUGUGGGAAGGGAUUCACUCGGUCAUCCCGCCUGCUGACUCAUCGGCACACUCACACUGGGGAGAGGCCAUUCACCUGCCCUGAGUGUGGGAAAGGAUUCACUAAUUCAUCCAAUCUGCUGAAACACCAACAGGUUCACACUGGGCAGAGGCCAUUCACCUGCCCGGAAUGUGGGAAGGGGUUCACUCGGUCAACUGACCUGCUGCAACAUCGGCUAGUUCACACCGGAGAGAGGCCAUUCACCUGUCCGGAGUGUGGGAAGGCAUUUACUCAGUCAUCUACUCUGCUCACCCAUCAGCGAAUUCACACUGGGGAGAGACCAUUCAUCUGCUCUGUGUGUGGGAAGAGAUUUGCUCACUCAUCCACUCUGUUGCGGCACCAGCAAAUUCACAAACUGUAAUGAUGGGACCUUCAUGACAAUCACAUUCAAGGCUGAACAAUGUUCAUUGGGAUCUCUUACUGCUGAGGUUAAAAACAUCAACCCACUUUUUAGGAAUAUUAAUUCUAGUCAGAAACCAAAUCAACUCAGUGUUAAAUAAACAGUGUUGUGAAAUUUUAAUGUCACUAACAUAUGUCACUUCCUUGAGAGGGGCUUUCCUUCUUCCCAGUUUCCUCAAUCCUCCCCUCCAAGAAGAAUAAGGAGCUUGGAUCUCUUAUAGGAUGUGACAAGGGGAAAGAAGACUAGAUGCAUGUUUGACUUUUCAAAAAGCAUUCAAAAGAUGCCAUGUAAAAAGGUUUCUGUGCAAAGUAUAUGCUCAUGUUGGCAGUAAUAUAUUAUCGAUUGUGGGGUUGGUUCAUGUACAGCAGCCUGAUAGUUGGAUAAUUUUCAGGUUGGUAAACAUUUAAGGUGGAGUGCCUUAAAAGUGUCGGAAUCUCAAUGAUUUGUAAUUUUAAACUACUAAGAUGGAUGAAGGGAUCAACAAGCUAAAGCUGCUGAGCAAGAUGUGAGGAGCUUACACAGGAUGUACAAAGUAACAUAGGGAGUAAGGGAAAGAAAAGACAGAUCAAGCAUAAAUGUGGGAUUUCCACUUGGUGCAAAGAAUAGAGAAGCAAAAUAUGGAAAGGGAUGGCAGAAAACUGCAGUUCAGCUAGAUCUUGGCAUCCUUCUAUAACAAAGUGUGUGUACAUUCAUCAAAUAAUCAUUAAGACAUUUGGAUUGUUAACUCUUAUUGCAUGUCUCAUUGUAAAAGUACAAGGCAUUUGUAGGAAUGCACCUCGGGUGUUGGGAAUAUAUAUUCAUAUUUAUGGAAUCAUAUCAUAGAAUCCCUACAGUGUGAAUUAUGUGAAUCACUGAAAGAUAUGGAACUGUUCAGACAAUUUGUGGAAUUAAAAGGGUUUUUACUGUG